AUGGCCCUCUCCUCCCCUGGGACCCUGCGCCUGGAGCCCGCCGGGCAGCUGGAAGAGGAGCCGGGGCAGCCGCCCUGCGAAAUCCCUGCCCCCGCCAUGGACCCGGAGGCAGAGUGUAGCGUGGACAUCAUCGUGGUGGGCUCCAGCGAGAAGUCGUCCACCCCCUCGCCUGAGCCCUGCAAAGAUCUGAUUAUCUAUGAAGUCAGGGUCAACGGGCGAGACAUAGAAGAGCUGUGCAUCUGCUGCGGGAGCUUCGAGGUGCACACGCAGCACCCCCUGUUCAAGGGCGGGAUGUGCUUCCCCUGCAAGGACAAGUUCCGGGACUACUUCUUCAUGUAUGACGACGACGGGUGCCAGUCCUACUGCUCCAUCUGCUGCGCUGGACAGACGCUGCUCAUCUGCGAGAAUCCCGACUGCACCCGGUGCUACUGCUUCGAGUGUGUGGACUCCCUGGUGGGGCCCGGGGCCUCGGAGAAAGUUCAGGCCAGGAGUAAAUGGGUGUGCUUCCUGUGCCUGCCCUGCUCCUGCAAGGGGCUGCUGCAGAGCAGGAAGAAGUGGCCGGAGCAGCUGAAGGCCUUCUACGACCAGGAUUUGGAGAGUCCCAUGGAGAUGUACAAAAUAGUACCUGUGGCGGAGAGACAGCCAGUCCGCGUGCUGUCCCUUUUUGGGGACAUCAGGAAAGAGCUGACGAGCCUGGGCUUUUUGGAGAACGGAGCCGGCUGGGCAAAACUGAAGUACCUGGACGAUGUCACCGACGUUGUGAGGAGGAGCGUGCAAGAGUGGGGCCCGUUCGACCUCGUGUUCGGCUGCACACCUCCCCUCCGCCAGGCCUCCGGCCGCACUCCGGGUUGGUACAUCUACCAGUACCACCGCAUCCUGGAGUACGCGCGGCCCCCGCCCAGCAGCUCACAGCCCUUCUUCUGGAUGUUCGUGGACAACCUGAUGCUGACCGAGGCCGACCACCCCGAUGCCAGACGCUUCCUGGAGAUGGACGCUGUGACCAUCCUGGACUCCUGCGGCAGGGCCAUCCGGAACGCCGUGCACGUGUGGAGCAACAUCCCGGGCGUGAGGAGCAGGCAUUCGGCCGGGGUGACCUGGGAGGAGCUGUCCCAGCUGGCUCAAGACAAGCAGAGAGCACGGGCCCUGGCUGCCGCGGGGCUGGCCUCGCUGGUGAAGAAGUGCUUCCUCCCCCUGAGAGAAUAUUUCAAGUAUUCAACCGAACUAACUUCCUCUUUAUAAGUGAGUCAUUAUACCGCGAAAAAAAAAAAAAAAAAAAAAGACUUUUCUUAGAAUUAAGAUAACUUUCCUGAUAUUGUCCCCAUUUCCCUCUUUCAAAUGAUUAUUUUAUUUGCUUGACUUU